AUGGUUUCAGUCAGAAAAAGAAAGAUGGCUCGUUCGAGCGUCGGGAAAGUGAGUAGGAGGAAGAAAGACACGCACAAAAAGAUACGCAAGUUUGGAAAUCAAAUUAUAGCUGAAAACUGGGAUAACAAACUCACGCUAUCACAAAAUUACGAAAGAUUAGGACUUAAAGUGCGACUUGGAAAGAAAACCGGAGGAGUGGAGAAGAAUUUGAAAGUUAUAAAACCGAUAAAGGUUGAUGAUGAAGAUGAGGGUGACCUAGUUGACGAUGAUGAAAACAAAAAGGAAGCGGAUCAAGAGAAAAUAGAUCCCUAUGAUCCGGCAAACAUUCUUGAGGGUACGGCAAAGCUGAUAAAGAAUGAUGAUGGAAAAGUUGUAAAAGUUAUAUACGGUACUAAGAAAUUGGAUGCUGAAGAACAGGAUAGUAAUGUUAUAGAAAUAAGCAGAAAGGUGACAAAAGAUUCCAGCGUGGUGAAAGCGCUUGAAAAAUUAGCUUCAUCUGAGGUGAAACAUGAAAAACUAAUCAGUGAAAGGGAGAUCGAAUGGCUAAGGAAGCUCGAGACCAAAUAUGGUGAUGAUUUUGAAGCUAUGAAAUGGGACCGCAAGCUUAAUCCUUUCCAGGAGAGCACCGGUAAACUUAGAAAGCGCUUCAAAGAUUUACAUGAAUUUGAAGAAAGGCAUAAUGAUACCGAGGAACGAGCUUGA